AUGGCGGUCCUUGUGUUCUUGAGAAAUAAGCGCUACAGGGCCAAACUCGGAUUCUUUCUCCAUAGUCCAGUCCUUGCAUCAGAGAUCUAUCGAACACUUCAUGUAAGUGCUGACAUUCUGAGGAUUUUGUUGAACUAUGAUCUCAUCGGGUUUCAUACUUUCGAUUUUGCUCGCCACAUCUUCUCAUGUUGUAGUAGAAUGUUAGGACUGGACUGUGAGUCCAAACGAGGACAAAUUGGGCUGGAUUAUAGUGCUCGCACGGUGUAUAUCAAGAUUCUGCCUAUAGGAAUUCAUUUGGAAAAAGUUGAAAAUGUUCUGAAUAUUCCUUCUACAUCAGUGAAAGUCAAGGAAUUCGAAGGGAAGUUCAAGGGGAACCAUGUAAUUGUUGGCGUAGACGACAUGAACUUAUUCAAGGCAAUUAGUCUGAAGUUAUUAGCAUCUGAACAGCUAUUGAGGAAGUAUGAAAACUUGCGGGAUAUUGUGGUUCUUGUUCAAAUUAUCAAUCCUGAAAGAAGCUCAGGAGAAGACAUUGAGGAAGUGAGAUGGGAGACGUAUGGAACUGCUAACAGGAUUAAUCAGAUUUAUGGUUCUUGUGGUCAUCAACUAGUGAUUCUAAUUGAUCGACCAGUUGAUCAAUGCAGGGCUCUACAACUAUGGAUGAAGCUAGGGGAAUUAUGUCAUAUUCUCCUCGAAACAAGUGUGCUAAUCAUUUAUGAAUAUGUUGGUUGUUCUCCAUCUCUGAGUGGAACAAUUGGAAUAAAUCCAUGGGUUUCGUCCAUAGCAUGGAGAGAGCAUGUCUUGAUCACUAUAAUUAUCAAUGCUGGGACAAAUAGGAGGGCUAUAUUUCUAGACUUUGUUGGCAUCCUUGUUCCUCAUUCCUCGACCAAGAAAAACCUUAGUAGUGAAGCUGAAACUGCUCUUAUCACUCUGUGUGAUGAUCCUAAGAACACUGUGUUUAUCGUUAGUGGAAGUGGUAGAAGUUCCUUAACCGAGUGGCUGGCUCCAUGUGAAGGUCUAGGACUAGCUGCUGAACAUGGGUACUUCAUAAGGUGGAAGAAAACUUCUGAAUGGCAAUCUAGUUUGGUUGUGGAUCUCGAGUGGAAGGCAACAGUGGAGCGUAUAAUAAAUUCGUAUACAGAAGUCACGGAUGGUUCCACCAUCGAAGUCAAAGAAAGUGCUUUGGUUUGGCACCGUCAAGAUGCAGAUCAUGAUUUUGAAUCCUUGCAGGCAAAGGAAUUGUCGGAUCAUUGUAAACACGUCAUUGCUAACGAACCUGCAGUAGUUAGAAAGGGAAAAAAUAUUGUUGAGCUUAACCACAGGAUGCAAGCAAAGGCUUGGUCACAGAAAAGGUAA